GUACCUUAGAGUGUGGAGAGGUGUGGUGACUGUGUUGCUGGAAGCUGAUUUGUGCAGGUCACAUAACACUGCUGCAUCCUUGUUUAAUGAACAGUCAUCUUCCUGCCUUAACAAAGCCAGAAAGAUGCACAGACAGCCUUCCCCCUGAAAAGGCGCAAACGAGGGAACUGAAAAAGAUUCUGGCCGAGAGGAGAAUGAGCUGGGGGGAGCGGUCUAAAAAGAACUCAACUCUACAGUCCAGAGAGAGGACAGGUAUUGUGAUCACAAAGCAGCCAGAGUCUGCCUCUGUCCCAGCUGGGUGUCCUGUAACUCUCCAGUGUGUUGCUGUUGGACCUAGCCCUCUGCAGUACCAGUGGUUUAAAGGCCAAGAGGAGAUAGCCGCAGUUGAGAUGAGGCAUUACGGGACGUACCUGUGUGCGGUCACCAAUGACCAAGGAGAGUGUUGGAGCUCUGCUGCUGACCUGAGUGUAGUUGAAAUCAUUCCCAUUGCAGUAGCAUUGCCUCCCCUCCGAGUGGCAGGCUCUAGAGAAAGGAAAGUAACAGCAAAGUCGCCGUCUGUGUGCCGAAAGCCAGAUACACCUCAAGAAGUGAGACUGUGUGCGACUGACAAAGUAGCACUGCUGAUCGGGAACAUGAACUAUGUAAAUCACCCCAAGCUGUUAGCCACUGUAAUCGAUGUCUUUGAACUGUCGAACCUGUUGCACCAGUUAAAUUUCCGGGUGGUUUCCCUGAUGGACCUGACCAAAGAGGAAAUGCAGAGUGCAGUCAAACAAUUUCUCCAGCUCUUGGACACCGGCGUAUAUGCUCUAUUUUACUACGCUGGGCACGGCUACGAAUGUUCAGGAAGGAACUACAUGGUGCCAGUAAAUGCUCCAAACCCAUACAGACCGGAGAACUGCAUCAACGUUCAGAAAAUCCUCUGCAAGAUGCAGGCGAAGAACACAGCCCUGAAUGUCGUCCUGCUGGACAUGUGUCGGAAAUGGUAUAAUCAGGAAUACUUUCCUUCAGAUCUACAGCCGCUUGCUCCCACAGGAAAUAUCGUCUAUGGAUAUGCGACGUGUGAAGAUGCGGAAGCCUAUGAGGUACAGGAUGGAGAGUACAGCUCAGGAAUCUUCAUGAAGUAUCUUAAAAGGCACAUUCUGAAGAAAGAGAAAGUCACCCAGAUUUUGGAGAAUGUCUCUGAGGAAAUGGGGAAGGACCAGUUGAUUACUGGCAAGCAAGUGAUGGAGAUCAGACACACCUUGAAGGAGUGUCGGGCCCUGACCGAUGAGAUCUGUGCGAAGGGUCACACGGUGCAGCUUCAAGUGAGGAAUGAGCGUUGGAAACAAGCCAAUGAGCUGCCCAAGAGAAGGACCAUUUGGUUUCCCUGUGGUGUAGCAGUGGAGUUAAGCUGCAGUGCUGUAUUCUCCAAUGUCAUGAUUGUCUAUGCCAACGUUAAGACAAGGCCCUCCGAUAUCACUGAGUGUAAAGUCUUCCUACGGAAACCAGAGGAGUUGGCAAGUGCCUGUUCUGAUCUCAAUGGAGAGUCAUCCCAGAUUGACUCUCUGCUCUCGUCCCUUAACGGUGACCAACAGUCAGACACUACGCUGAAAGUGUGCGGCCUGCAUAAACUCGAGCAACCUUUGAUUCUAUGGGUGACCCUACAAUACUGGAACUUUAAGGAGCACGCAAAGCUGGAAGAAACGACAGCAGUGAACUUGGGACACCCACUGGUGGCACAGCUGGAGCUGUACAGGACAAUGCCCAGUGCGACCACCACCAGCAGCAGUGGCACUAACCAGGACUCUACAUCAGUGCCAGACACCACUGUGACAAAGGACACAAGCAGCGCCUGCAGGUCUGGAACACGGAUACCAAUCAAUAGGAGAGAACUCCAAACAUCACUCAGCCAAGCCAGAAGGUCCAACCAGCCAGAGGAAAAUGAUGAAAGUGAAAUAUCAUUUGGGGAUCGGUAGCACAUCCUCCUCCUGGUGAAGUGAGCGGAUGCAUCAAACUCUAUUCGGAGUGUGCCAGAUAUGAAAUAUUUGUAGGUAUGCACUCAGCAGUAAUGAUCACACUUGGGUUAGAUUCUUAUAUUCACAGUAGGGGGUGCUGAGCAUCUCCUGGUUCGUCCCUGGGUCUGCUGUACGUAUUUCAGUGAUGAAAAUGCAAGCCACUGAUUUGCAUUGAGGGGCCGAACGGCCUCCGGCUGUUGCUGAUUCCUUUGGUAGUGUGAAGCCUGUGCUAAUUUCGCUGGCAGUGUGCCCAGUCGGACACUCGCUCCUGAGAGAUGGAGCAGCAUGUUCCUGGGUCAGGCUGGGUAGCUGUUUGAGUCCCUGCUGCUGGUGUUCCGUUUCACCAGUGUCAUCUUCAUUGGCCUUCCCUCUGACUCCGAUGGGAUUCCAGCAAAUCCACGUCAGGUCUGUUGGAAAGGGACUCUAAUGUCUGGCUUGACAACUUUAUUCUGGGAACCCUCACUGCUGCCCAGACAUAACUGACCCACAUUCUUGCAGCUCCUAAAUGGUUAGUGUUCUCAUUUAUUUCACCAAAUUGAUGACAUCUAGCGAAGUCAUUGUAACUAGAGAGUUAAUAAACGCUACCAUCACUUCAUCUAACCCUGAACUGUUAAUACUACUUGUAUGUGUAGGAGCACCAGUUUGGUGAUACAAGAGACAUUCAUACAGUCAACUGGUAUUAGCAAGAGUUUCUGGACUUUAAUGAUCUGGUGCUCAGUUUGUCCAAAAUGCAUUUAAUCUGGGUAGUGCAGAAUCGCAGUGGCCUGACAGCACAGAAAUGGCCAUUUGGCUCAUCAUGCCUGUACUAGUUCUUCAGGCAAGCAUCAUUACCAAUCUCCUGCUUUUUCCCCAAACCCUUGCAAACUAUUUCUUUCCAAAUAGUCAUCCUCUUGAAAUGCCUCAAUUGAACCUGCCCCCAUCACACUUUCCAGGCAGUGCAUUCCAUUCCCUUUACUGAUUUAAAAAAGAUUUACCUCGUAACACCCUUGCUUCUCCUGCAGACCACUUUAAAUACACUCCCACUCCUUCUCGUUCCUUUUGAUGAGUGGGACCUGCUUCUCACUAUCUACAGUGUCCAGUCCGCUCAUGAUGCUGAAAACUUCUCUCCAAUCUCCUCUUGGCCUUGUCAUAGGUUGGUCCAGGGGUUAUGACUCAAAUGGUAAUUAUUUGGAUUUACCCCUGCAGUUGUCUGUGUAGUCAGUGCCUCAAACCAGUGGAGGAACAUGCUCAGCAAAGGCUUUCUUCCACAGGGCAGGGAGUUUAAAGACAGAGAGUCUCACCCUUAAGAAUUUUGACAUUAGCUGGAGAAGCAACAUGUUGGUGUUGUGUUUAACGUGGUGCAUCUGAUGGGGUGAGGAAAUGAAUUUUAUAAAUAAUAUUCAGAAAGUUGCUGGUAGUUAGGUAAUGUGUGGUGCAGAGCAGGAGAUAAUUUGAAUCUGUUCAUUGAAAAAUCAAAAUCUUUUCUCCCCUAACUAUAGUACGCAGUGACAUUAAAUGUUUCUGCUGAUAUUCCCAGUGAUACUGGGAUUGGCAAAGUUCUGGUCAAGGUGAUGAAAUGGGAUUAGAAAUGAAAUGUUUUAAAUGUUACCUGGAUUGAGAUUAAGAGCAGUGCAUGUUUCAUUGGCUGGUGGAGUGCUAAUGCAUUCUCGACAAGCUGUAGGAUCUUUCUUUAGAUUUUAUUAGGUCCUGUUUAUUUUUGUGAAGAUGUUAUUUUUGGCGAUGGCAAAAGUUGUGAAGCUAGCCAGUCACCAGAAGGCUGGAGCCCUGCCCUCUGUUACAGUUCUCAUUCCCCACUUGUUUGUAACUGGAGCCCUGUCCAUGCAAUAGCUGGUGCCAUCAGCGAGUUUAAACAUUUGAACAGUUACAAAGAAUUAUCAAGAUAUUGAAGAGGUUUUGUUUGUUUGAGACAAGCACUUGUUCUGAGUCAGAAGGCAUUCUUCUUGAGGUUAUGGUGGAGAAUUGUGAAGCAGGUUGUGGGCUCAUUAACACCCAUAUAUCCCUUGGUUCCUGUGGCAAAGUGCUAGUGUCCCAGUCUCUGGGCCAGAAGGCUUGGGUUCAAGUCCCACCUGCUCCAGAGGUGUAUAGUAACAUCCCUAGACAAAGUGUAUUUUUUUUAAAAAGCUGUCUCCCACCAAAUGCUAGCUUAUCACCAUGAAGGUGAAGCAGUGUGUUGGAGAGAAUUGGCAGAGUUCAGUUAGAGAGAAUACAAGUCAACAGAAGGGUGUGGCCAGGCAAAAUAUCAACACAACACAACUCACACAGACAUUAAAACACCCUCUGACAUAAAACUCUGGUGCAGAUGAAUGCAAUCAGAUUAACCCUUCCCUUUAACAUAGAAAAUAGGAGCAGGAAUAGGCCAUUCAGCCCUUUGAGUCUGCUCUGCUGUUCACUAUGAUAAGGGCUGAUCAUCCAACUCACCACCCUGU